GGCUCCCUCUUUGUCUCUCUGCCUAUCUCUUUCUUAAUGUUUCUCACUCUAUCACUGCCUCUUUCUGCCACUGCUACUCUUUCUCUCAUUCUUCCUCCCACCCAACUUCCCUCCCUUUCUCUCUCAAGUCGGAUUCCUUGUCUCUAUUCCUCUCUACUUCUUUUCCUCUCCUCAACUUCCUCUGUAUCUGGGCCCUGGGGGAGGCAUGUUCCAGAUGGAGAUGAGGGGUACAUCUAUCCCUUCCCCAGCCACAACCGCUCUCACCUUCAUUUCAGAUGCUGCCUGCAACUGCCUUAACCAUGGAUCUUUUGAGCACAGCCAUCUUACUUCUGGCCCUGGCUCUUAGCUGUCUUUUCCUGACUCUUGGCUCAAGGCGCAAGGAGAAACUUUCCCCAGGACCCAGACCCCUUCCAUUCAUGGGAAACCUGCUGUAGCUUAGCUCCCAAAACAUGCUCACAUCCCUCACAGAGCUCAGUAAGGAAUAUGGCCCUGUGUACACCUUGCAUCUGGGAUCCAGGCAGGUGGUGGUCCUCAGCAGAUACCAAGCUGUGAAGGAGGCUCUUGUGGACCAUGAUAAGGACUUCAGUGGCCAGGGUGAUGUCCCCUUAUUUUCCAAGUUCAACAAGGGAAAUACUAUUGCUUUCUCCAAUGACAAUAAAUGGAAGGUCCUAAGAAAGUUUGCUGAACAGACUUUGCAUAACAUCAGGAUGGGGAAACAGAGCUUCGAGAAGCGCAUCAUGGAAGAAGUCAGCUUCCUGAUGGUAGAGCUAAGGAAAAAUGAAGGCCAGCUCUUAGACCCCACUUUGGUGCUGAGACUUUCUCUGUGCAACAUCAUCUGCUCUGUGCUCUUCGGCAGCCGCUUUGACUAUGUGACCAUCAGUCAGCUCCUCAGUGACAACUUCCAGAUCAUUAACAGCCACUGGGGCAAGAUGUACAACAUCUUCCCAAGGCUCCUAGACUGGCUGCCUGGGCCACACCAACGUCUCUUCCAUAACCUGAAGUGCCUCAAGCACCUCAUCACCCUCAGCAUUUGUGAACACCAGGCCUCCUUUGACCCCAGCUCUCCCCGGGACUUCAUCGACUACUUCCUCGCCAAGAUGACACAGGAGCAUCAGGACCUGAUGACCCACUUCAACUUGGAGACCUUGGAGACCACCACGCACAAUCUGCUCUUUUCUAGCCUAGAACCCUUGAGCAUCACGCUGCUCUAUGCCUUCCUCACUCUGUUAAAGUACCCGAAAGUUCAAGCCCACGUACAGGAGGAGAUUGACUGUGUGGUGGGGCGUGCACGGCGUGCACGUGGGGCCAUGCCUUACACGAACGCCAUGAUCCAUGAGGUACAGUGCUUUGCAGACAUCAUGCCGAUGAGCUACCCACACCGAAUCUCCAGGGACACAGUAUUCCGUGGCUUCCUGCUGCCCAAGAGCACAGAUGUUAUCACUCUCCUCAGCACAGUCCACCAGGACCCCAGUCUGUUCAUGACGCCCCAGGAGUUCAACCCUGAGCACUUUCUGGAUGCCAGUCAGUGCUUCAAGAAGAGCCCUGCCUUCAUGCCCUUCUCUGCUGGGAGUUGGAUGUGCUUGGGACAGUCCCUGGCAAGCAUGGCGUUCUUCCUCUACCUCACCACCAUCCUGCAGAGUUUCUCACUGCAGCCGCUGGGGGCGCCCGAGGACAUAAACCUGACCCCAAUUGGCCCUGGCCCCAACAAGAUACCAAGACCCUUCCAGAUGCGUUUGUGCAAAUGCUGAGACUCCGCCCACAUUCCUGCCAGUGCUUCUCAUCACACUUUUUCUGUUUCAUUUUUUUUGCCUCAAACCUUCCACCCCACCCCAAAUAAGUCUUCUACUUGUUUUAAAUCUCCAUGGCUACCUGCCAAUCCAGAGUCAGC